AUGGAAUCGGUCAAACCUAAACGUUUUUCAUUUGCUGGGUUUAGCAAUAGUUUAUCAAGAAGUUUGUCGUUUGGUGGUGGCCAAGCUCAUGCCAAGCAAACAGCAACAACAACAGCUGAUAAUACCACUUCUCCACCAUCACAGCCAGACACAAAAGCUAGCAGAAGAGCACAAAAAUCAAAAAGUUUAUACAUCAAGUCAUUCAAAAAGGUGGGCGCCAGCGAGCCACACAUCAGGACAUCCUAUGAUGCAUCUGAAGCUGUGCAAUCCAAUGGUAAAGAAGUGAGAAAUUCUAUCCGUCGUUCUCUAUCAGCCGUGCUAUACGCUUCUCCACAUGGAGGCGAAGGAGAUAACAAGCUUGUUCCCAUCCUAGUUACACCAGGUUUAUCAGAGUCGGUAGGUGGAGUCAUGAUCAGCGACAAGCCUGCACCCACAGAGGAGAAGCCAGCAGCCAAGAAGAAAUCCACAGAAUACGAUAAUACAUUGGAAGUGUUUGAAUCGAAAAAGAAAGAGGAGAAUGACAACAGCGCUACUAUUUUGUGGCAAGGAUACGGAUACAUGCUGGCGGAUAAAGGAGAAUCGACACUGGAUGAGUUGGAGCAGCGUUUUGAAAGUGAAGUGUGGGCAUCUUAUCGCGGUUUAAUCCAUCCUCUUCAUUUGAUUGUGGUGGAUGAUGAUGAGAGCAAGUGGAAUAACUUGACUGUGAAGGAAUUACGGCAGUAUUACGAUAACUAUGGCUCAAUGAUGCUCAAGAUUCGAGAAGCAAGAAUGCUCAAGCAACAAAAACAAUACAUAGAACAAAAUCAAAUGAGCAAUAUACUUUGA